CCUUUUGGUAGGCUGUCAUUGUAAAUAAGAAUUUGUUCUUAACUGACUUGCCUAGUUAAAUAAAGUUUAAAUAAAUAAAUACCUUAAAAAAAAUUUUUUUUUACAAUAAUGUCAGAAGAAGCAGCUUUAUUUCAUACAGCAAAAGUUUCCAUUUCUGGGAAAACUGGGGUGAUCUACUCACAGCCAAUGGCAGGUCAUAAUUGUGGGAAACAUUCGUCAAUUACCCACCUGUCUAAAUAAAAGUGAAACAUUUUAAUUGAAAAAUAAAUGAUUAUUAAAUAGUGGCAAUAUCAUAUCAGCCUUUGUUUGACUGUGAAGUAUUUAUAGUGCUUAUGAAGACUUUUUGAAAGUUAUUUUUCUUGUGACCAAAUAGUCAUUAGUCAUGAGUGUUCUUUAGUUUUUAAGAAAUAAAGGAACUUACUGUAGAUAUGCCCUUGAGUCUGCAACAACUGCCUGAUCUUUGCGCAACACCACACCUCUUACAGAAUACAGCGUUUCCUUCCCAGUCACAACCACUUUACUUCCAGAACUCUGCUACUUGGUCAGUGUGUGUAACAACAUGGCAGAGGCCACGGACCUGAUCAGUUGUUCGAUCUGUCUGGAUCUACUGAAGGAUCCAGUCGCUAUUCCCUGUGGACACAACUACUGUAUGGACUGUAUUAAAGGCUGCUGGGAUCAGGAUGAUCUAAAAGGUGUGUACAGCUGUCCCCAGUGCAGGCAGACCUUUACCCCAAGACCUGUUCUGAACAGAAACCCUCUACUAACUGAGUUUGUGGAGAAUCUGAAGAAGACAGGAAUCCAAGCUGUUCCUCCAGCUCUCUGUUUUGGUGGACCUGGAGAUGUUGAGUGUGACGUCUGUACUCUGAAAAAAUUAAAAGCCGUAAAGUCCUGUCUGGUGUGUUUAGCCUCUUACUGUGAGACUCACCUCCAGCAUCACUAUGAAUCUCCUGCAUUUAAAAAACACAAGCUGGUCAGAGCCUCCACACAACUACAGGAGAAGAUCUGCACUCAUCAUGACAAGCUGCUGGAGGUUUACUGCCGUACGGAUCAGCAGUGUAUCUGUUAUCAGUGUGAGAUAGAGAAACACAAAGGCCAUGAUACCGUUUCUCCAGCAGUAGAAAGGAUUGAGAGGCUGAAACAGUUAAGUGAGAACCAGGCCAGGCAGAGAAUUCAGGAGAGAGAGGUGAAGAUACAGGAGGUGAGACAGGCUGUGAAGUCACUCAAGUGCUCUGCACAGACAGCAGUUGGGGUAAGUGAGAGGAUCUUUACUGUGCUGGUCCACUCUAUUGACAAAACGCGCUCUGAGAUGACGGCGCUGAUCAGAGCCCAGGAGAAGGCUGAAGUGAGUCGGGCUGAAGGACUCCUGAAGCAACUGGAGCAGGAUGUCGCUGAGCUGAAGAGGAGAGAGGCUGAGUUGGAGCAACUCUCACACACAGAGGAUCACAUCCAUUUCCUCCAGAGUUUCCAGUCUGUCUGUGUCCCUCCUGGAUCUGAGGCCUUACCCAGCAUCACUGUCAACCAAAUCUCAUUUGAGGAUUUAAAGAAAUCAAUAUCUGCACUUAAACAGCGACUGGAGGUUAUAUUCAAGGAGGAAAUGGCCAAGAUACCUGGGAAAGGUAGGACUUCACACACAAACAGCAAAGUGCUGGUGCCAGCGACCAUAAGUACCGAGGAAUAUGGUGUCCAGUUUGUGGAUGAGCAAAGGUCUGAGCUCAUUCAGAGGGUAACCAUGGUGAUGCCUAUAGCAGAUGAACUGCUUCAGAGAUGCAUGCUUCAUAAAGAAAUGUAUAAUACUAUCCGUAAUGCCAGGCCCAGCCAGGAACAGAUGAGACUGCUGUAUGAGGCCCUACACUCAGGAGGCUCUAAGGUGAAAGCAGCCUUUUAUGAGAUUCUACGGGAAAAACAACACUAUCUAGUCAAUCUGGCAACAAAUCUUCAUGAUGUUCCACUCCCCAAACCCAGGAUCAGAGAAGAGUUCUUGAAAUAUUCCUUACCGCUCACAUUGGAUCCUAACUCAGCUCAAGAGUGCCUGUGUCUGUCUGAGGGAAACAGGAAGGUGACAAAUAAUGGAAAGACCCAGCCCUACCUUCACCAUUCAGACAGAUUUACCUACUUCGUCCAGGUGCUGUGUAGAGAGGGUCUGUCUAGAGCCAGCUACUGGGAGGUAGAGUGGAGUGGGGAUUCUGUUAAUGUAGCCGUCUCAUAUAAAAGAAUCAUCAGGAAAGGAGACCAAUGGAAUGGCGUCGCUGCAUUUGGAAGGAAUGAUCUGUCACUGAGUUUAUACUGCUCAACCUCUAGCUGUACUUUCAUGCACAAUUGCUCUACAACUGUUAUCACUGUCCCCUGCUCCUCCAGAGUUGGCGUGUACCUGGACCACAAGGCAGGAACUCUGUCCUUCUACAACGUUUCUGACACAAUGACUCUCCUCCACAGAGUGCAGACCACAUUCACUGAACCUCUUUAUCCUGGGUUUACAGUUGGUCAUGGAUCAUCUGUGAAGAUACUGACAAAAUGAUAGAAGUAAAGCAGCUUUCAUAUUAAACUCAGUAUGGGUUUAAUCCAUAACAUUGUUAUUUCUCUUUUUUUUAUAUAAUCUUGAGAAGUUCGGAAAAAUAUGCUUAAUGUCUCUGCUGAUGGAGUGCUGCUGUUUUCCCCAGCUCUGACAUAACAGAUUGUUUAUGUCCUGACUGCAAAUCUGAUGAACCAGGGUUUGUUGUAUAAACACAUGCAAGCUGGCCUCUAUGUGGGUUGAGGUAAAUAGUAAGCCAUGAGAAACUCAAACAAGGCCUAGUUCCAGUUUGGCAGUUAGCUCCUACCACUUCAGUGUGCACAAGUUUGACAGGACCGGAAGGAUGUAAGCAAUAUGGAGGCUGCUUCACUUGGCCUAUUAUAAAAGCACAUGGAGUCAUCACCUAUCCCAUUCUUUUAGAUCUGCAACACCAACAUGUAGGGAAAGGGGACCACAAUGGAAUCAGGCUUAUACAUACAGUAGGUUACAGGAUUCUGUCAACGCAAAAUAAAAUGAAAUGUUAUU